UAACGCGCCUCCGUCGAGUACAUUAUGUACUAACUUACCAAACUGCCCACCCACUGACUGCCCCACUACACAAAACAAACAUGUCCGCAACGGAGACCCAACGGUUAAAUUGCAGCGUAACGUUUAACGCUAGCUCCUAAAAAACGUGCCGUUUCACCUGAAAUGGGUGAAGACGCCUCUGCUUCUCCCCGACACGCCGGCAGCUGAAGGAGACAGGCGGGGCAGGAUGGAGGAGCGGGCCGGCGGCGGCGGCGGCUCCGUGGCUGCGAUCUCUCCCGUGCAGCAGAUGCUGGCUUCUGGCACCGGAGCCCUCCUCACGUCCAUCUUUGUCACACCGCUGGACGUGGUGAAGAUCCGGCUGCAGGCCCAGCAGACCCCGUUCCACCAGGCCUGUGACUCUGCUCCGCGGGGCGGCGUCCUGCGCCCGUCCAAGUGGAAAUGUUUCCUGUACUGUAACGGCCUGAUGGAUCACAUCUACGUGUGCCAGAACAGAACCAGUUGCACCAGCUGGUACAACACGCCCACACACUUCAGUGGCACGCUUGACGCUUUUGUGAAAAUCACUCGCCACGAAGGAUUCCGGUCUCUGUGGAGCGGACUGCCUCCAACGCUUGUCAUGGCCGUCCCUGCCACCGUCAUCUACUUCACCUGCUACGACCAGCUGCGUGACUUCCUGAGGUUCGGUCUGGGUUUCCAGGGCAGCCUGGUCCCCCUUGUGGCCGGUGGUCUGGCCCGAUUGGGGGCCGUGACGGUGAUCAGCCCUCUGGAGCUGGUCCGGACCAAGAUGCAGGCCCGCCGGCUGUCCUACGGCGAGCUGCGGGUCUGCAUCCGCUCGGCGGUGGCCCAGGACGGGCUGCUGUCCCUGUGGCGGGGCCUGGGGCCCACCGUGCUCCGGGACGUGCCCUUCUCCGCGUUGUACUGGUUUAACUACGAGCUGGUGAAGGCCCAGCUGUGUGAGCGCUCCCUAAUGACUCAGGCCAACUUCUCCAUCAGCUUCACAGCAGGAGCUGUUUCUGGAGCUGUUGCCGCCAUCCUGACGCUGCCUUUUGACGUGGUGAAGACGCGGAGGCAGAUCCAGCUGGGAGAGAUGGAUACUCUGGGAGCCUCCUUAAAAAAAACGACAUCCACGUGGCACAUAAUGAAGGAGAUCUGGGCUGAGAUGGGCUACAGAGGCCUGUUCGCAGGUUUCAUGCCCCGGGUGAUCAAAGUGGCGCCGGCGUGCGCCGUCAUGAUCAGCAGCUACGAGUUCGGAAAGGCCUUCUUCCAGCAGAUGAAUCUGGACCGCGAGCGGCUGGCGUCCUGAGACCAGGACGGACGGCGGCGAGGAACACGGCGGCCUGGACGCAUCAACGCACAUCGACAAUGAGCUUGAACAACAGAGCUGAGAGAUCCUCUCCAGGACCGCAGACCUCCUUCACUGAUGAUUAUCUGUGUGAACUUUUUAACGGGUAUCUUUUAAAAUAAGAUAAUGAGGGGGCGUUCUUUCAUGGCGAGCUCGGCGAAUCACGCCCGAAAUAAUCGACGGGCGACAUGCGAACCCUCUUCAGGGCUUAAAGUGCACCUCAGCUCAGCUGCAUGAGUCUCCAACGUUGUCAUUCCUCGAGCUCGAGUCUCGGCUGCACGGCAUGUUCCCCUCUGCCCGCGGUCCACAUGGACCGGUCCACCCUGCAUUAGCUUUACUGCAUUCCCGUAGCGGGGCAUGUUUUGACGUCCGAGGCGGGCGGCUGACUGCUGUGUUUUCUGUGUACUGGGUAGAUUUUGAGAGAUGGAAUGUGAAAGUACACGUUUAUGAUGUUUUUUGCGGGUGACGCGACGCGAAAAAGCCUGAUGGCGAAAUGUGAGCGAGCAUUCUCUGAAGAUACGUUUUCCAUCGGUACGUUAAUUUUGCGCUUUUGAAUAUAUUUUAGAAAUCCAGUGAGAUUCGAACACAUUGGUCUGUGGAAGCGGCCGCUGCCAGAUUCCCGAAAAAAAUCGCACACAAUUUAUUACAUUUUGCAAAUGAUUUAAUGGGAUGAAGUAACUGGGAGGCGUCACGAACUUUGGGCUUGCUGGUGAUGAAAUCUAAAGUUGUUGCAACACUGAAUUAUAAAACAAAAUAUUAAUGCCUUAACCUGAAAGAUGUAAAAGUUUGUCUUCUGUUUGUCUGUUUUUUAUGAAUGAAAUGGUAAUAAAUGUAAAGACCGCUUUA